AUGCAUGAUGUUUUACAAUUAAGAUCUAGUCAAUCUAGUCAGUUUAAUUCUGGUUCAACGGUUGUUUCCUUAACUAGCGAUUUAUCACAACCAACUCCAAUGCAAACGCCAAAGUCUGAAUAUUCUAACUUUGAAGGAUCUAGUCAACGUAGUCAGUCUUAUUCGGGUUCAACGCUUGUACUCUCAACUAGCGACUUAUCACAAUUGAUCCCAACGCCAAAAUCGGAAAAUUUUAAAAUUUCACUGGAUGAAGAAAAAUCAACAAAAAAUCUUAAAGAAUCAACCCCAAUGUCGGAAUAUUUUAAAUUUUCUUCAGAUGAAAAAAAUCACCUAUCUAAUGAUCAAAAAGACUAA